AUGGCAGACGCACUCUCCCUGUUCGAUCUCACCUCUGGUGCCUCUCCUGCCCCGCCUGCUGAUGCCGACAGCACUGUUCGCUCACAGUGGGCCACGCGCGAUGCUGCUGCCCGUCUUGCUGUGCGUCGCCACUUACCGACCGCUGAGCGUGCGCACUUUAGUCAGUGCAAGAGUGCUAAGACCUUGUACGACGCUGUAGUUGCACGCUACUCCUCCCCUGCCACUGCUGCUCUUAGCCGCCUCAUACUGCCGUACCUGUCUCCUGACCUCGCCGCCUUUCCCACUGUCGCUGACCUCGUUAUGCACCUUCGCACUAGUGACACCCGCUACCGCGCUGCGCUUCCUGCUGAGUUCUGCGCCAAGAACCCCCCCCCCCCAUGCUCGCACUCCACCCAGCGCUGCUCCGGCCACCUGACGGACGCUUGGUGUCACAAGUUCCCUGACGCCACUGAGAUCCCUCGCUGGGGAGAGCUGUCUAGGGCGGGGGUUGCUAUCUUUGAUCUUGACUAUGAUGCUAUUCUUGCCGCCAUGUAUGCUGUGUGUACUAGUGAUGUGGGUGACUGUUACCUGUGUGUUCCACCUGACCCGGGCAUUGAGGCUGCUGCUCUAGGUGCUGGUGAGGCUGCUGCUCUAGGUGCUAGUGCGUCUGCUGCCCUAGGUGCUGGUGAGUCUGCUCUCUCAGGUACCACGUCGGCUCAGGCCUUACACACCUUCACCCUUGACUCGGGUGCUUCCCGCUCCUUCUUUCGAGACCGCACCACGCUUACGCCGCUUAGUCGGUCGGUUGCGGUCUCCCUAGCGGACCCCUCUGGGGGUCCUUUCCUUGCUCGCUUCUCCACUGUCUUACCGUGUCUGGCAGCCCCCUCUGGCACCCUGUGA